GGAUUCUUCAACUUUAUAUUAAACGCGUAUGAAUGGCAUCAGCUUUCCGUAGUGCUGCCUGGGAUCCAAUUCUGAUAAUCAGUCAAAUAGUAUUUAUGCAAUGCGUCUUUUAUAUUUCUUCUGGUUUAAUUUCUGGCAUUCUAUUGCUCAUUUUUUCACGUGAUCUGCCGAGCAUAGAAAUGCUUUUUGUAGAUUCAAAAAUACACUUCCCAGACCCUGUUGGAAUUUGUCUUUUUACUGGUUUCCUAUUAACACCUCUAGCAUGCAGUAUAGGCCUAUGGCGACUAGUUAAACGCAGUAAACAGUGUCUUGACUUCUCGUGUACAAUUCACUUUUGGCACUUAAUUUUUUGUAUCGCUUAUUCACAUACAUUUCCACGUUCUGUUCUAUGGUGGAUCGUCAAUCUGGUUUCUAUUGGUUUUAUGACAGUCAUGAGUGAAUUCCUCUGCAUGAAGUCAGAAAUGGCAAUAAUUCCGUUGGGAACAACAUUUUCCAGUUAGUAGUAAAGUGUGUUCUAUCCAGAUAUAUUCUAUAUAAAUAUAUUUAUUUAUUUCCUUUACUUGAAUUUUGUUAUUUCUUACCUUUAUGAUUAUUUAUAUAUUUUCUUUAUUUUUGACUUACGCGAUGUGAAAUGAUGGUGUAAAUUUUAAAAUGAAAUGCAAAUGUGAUUUUGUCCUUUGUUUUCUGUAUCCAUGUAUUUAUUGUUUUUAAAGUUUAACUACAAAGAUCAAUUUUAUCAUUGUGAAUGGCGGCUUUUAAAAAUGUUGUUUUCUUCUUCAUAAGAUAGAGCAAAAUCAUUUUUAUUGUGAUAAAUCUCAAUAAAUCUUCUGAUUCUACUUA